UUCAUGCCUCAUGCCCUGUGCCCUUCCCCCUCCCACAGGUGGCCUUUUGCCCCACCCUCGCUGCAUGUGAUGAUGGGAACAGCCAAUGCAAGUUCUCCAGAAGUCUUUGUCCUCCUGGGCUUCUCUGCCCGGCCCUCACUGGAACCUGUCCUCUUCCUAGUUGUCUCGGGUUUUUACGUGGUGUCUCUCUUGGGCAAUGGCGUCAUCAUCCUGGUCUCCUGUGUGGAUGUGCAUCUGCACACGCCUAUGUACUUCUUUCUUGCCAACCUCUCCUUCCUGGACAUUAGCUUCACCACAAGCAUCGUGCCACAACUCCUGGUCAAUCUCUGGGGACCACAGAAAACCAUAAGCUAUGGCGGGUGUGUGGUCCAGUUCUAUGUCUCCCACUGGCUGGGGGCAACCGAGUGUGUCCUUCUGGCUGUCAUGUCCUACGACCGCUACGCUGCCAUCUGCAGGCCGCUCCGCUACACUGCCAUUAUGCAUCCAGAACUCUGCCUUGGCCUGGCAGUCACCGCGUGGCUGGGGGGUCUGACCACCAGCAUGGUGGGCUCCACACUCACCAUGCUCCUGCCGCUGUGUGGGAACAGCCGCAUCGACCACUUCUUCUGUGAGAUGCCCCUCAUCAUGCAACUGGCUUGCGUGGACACCAGCCUCAAUGAGGUGGAGAUGUACCUGGCCAGCUUCAUCUUUGUCGUCCUGCCUCUGGGGCUUAUCCUGGUCUCCUAUGGCCACAUUGCCCGCGCUGUGUUGAAGAUCAGGUCAGCAGAAGGACGGAGAAAAGCAUUCAACACCUGCUCUUCCCACGUGGCCGUUGUGUCGCUGUUUUACGGGAGCAUCAUCUUCAUGUACCUGCAGCCAGCCAGGAGCAACUCCCACGAGCAGGGCAAGUUCGUAGCUCUCUUCUACACUGUAGUCAGCCCCACGCUGAAUCCGCUCAUUUACACACUGAGGAACAAAGAUGUGAGGAAUGCCCUCAGGCACGUUGUGUUACAGAACUGCUGUGGUUUUACCGGGAAACGGGGACAAGCUUAG